GCAACUUUCAAUCAAAUGUCAUUGCAGAGAGGAACACUUCACGUUGAAGAGAAGGAAGAAAGAGGGCGACUUCCUUCAAUAAUCUUUUCAUUUCAAGGAUCUGAAGUUCUGACCUUGCUUAUCAGUCUCUUCACCAGCUUUUGGAGCUGAGCUUUGAGGCGCAAUCAAAAGCGUCUUUCCGCAAUUUCUCUUGUUCAAAAUUGUGCACAGAAGCAGACUGCAGGUUGCAUUGAACCACCGUGCUUUUGAUUAGUACAAGCAGACAAUGGCCCAAAAGAAGCAGAAGUAUGAUCGGCAGCUCAGGAUCUGGGGCGAGCAUGGACAGGAAGCUUUAGAAAAUGCAAAGGUCUGCCUGCUAAACUGUGGCCCAACUGGUUCUGAAGCCCUGAAGAACUUGGUACUAGGAGGGAUUGGAUCUUUCACAAUUGUCGAUGGGAAGAAAGUGGAACCUUCUGAUUUGGGCAACAACUUCCUACUUGAUCAUGACAGCCUGGGUUCAUCUCGGGCCAAGACCGCCACCUCAUUACUUCAAGAACUCAACGACACUGUUGACGCUCAAUUUGUCGAAGAGUCACCAGAGGCGCUGCUGAACUCGAAUCCUGGAUUCUUCGGCGACUUCACGCUUGUUAUUGCCACCCAGCUCACUGAGAGUGCUCUUCUCAAACUCGACAAGAUCUGUCGAGAGCACUCUGUCACGCUCUUGGUUGCUCGAUCAUACGGGUUGGCGGGACUGGUCCGAAUCAGCACAGAGGAACAUACAGUAAUCGAGUCGAAACCAGACAGUGCAGUUGAAGAUCUGCGGUUCCACUGCCCUUGGCCAGCCCUUACAGAGUAUGCCGCAGACUUUGACAUCGACACCAAAGACCCUCUUACUCAUAAGCACAUCCCCUACGGUAUUAUUCUGCUCAAAGUCACCGAGGAGUGGAAGGCGUCGCAUGAUGGGAAGCUGCCGGCUAACUCAAAGGAGCGUGCUGAAUUCAAGGAAGCAAUCAAAGCACGAACGAACCCGCUCGAAGAGGAGGAGAACUACAAGGAGGCCCUCGCCGCUGCCUUCAAGGUCUGGUCGCCCCCCAGCAUCAGCUCCGAACUCCGGACGGUCCUCGAUGAUCGAGCCGCCGAGACCCUGGACGCGAAGUCGCCUGUCUUUUGGAUCCUGGUAGCUGCUUUGAACGCAUUCGUGAAGGGAGAGGGCGCCGGAGAGCUUCCACUGGAGGGGUCGAUACCGGACAUGACUUCAUUCACGGAGUCGUACGUCGGGUUGCAGCGCGUCUACCAGGAGAAGGCCCUUUCGGACGCCGCAGCGGUGGAGGGGCACGUCCGCAGGCUGCUCAAAAAGCUCGGACGGGAACCGGCGUCCAUUUCCCCUCCCACAGUGAAGCACUUCUGCAAGAACGCGCGCAACCUGCGGGUACUCCGGUACAGACCGCUGGCGGAGGAGUACGGGGCGGUGGGCAACAAGAAGGGCGAGCUGCAGAGCCUGCUCGGGUCCGAAGACAACAGCCACGCGGCGCUGUAUCUGCUGCUCCGGGGCGCGGACCACUUCGCGGCGACCUACAACCGCUUCCCGGGCGUCUUCGACAGCGAACUAGAGGAGGACGUGUCGCGGCUCAAGGCGGUGGCUGGGGGGCUGCUUAACGAAGGGGGCUCAGGUGCUGCUUUGCCGGACGAUUACGUCACUGAGGUCUGCCGUUUUGGCGCCGGCCAUCAAGCUGAUCACGAAGCAGUUUGUACCACUGUCGGGAACGUUCCUCUUCAACGCGAUGGCAUCCUCAUCGGCUGUGCUAAACCUUUAACGAUCGUCGACGCACCCCUGUUUGGCGAGACACCACGGGAAUCUAAGAGAAAUGCACUGAACUUUAUGCUUGGGAGGAAGCGGAACGUGGCUUGUGUAAGCCAUGAAAAUGAACGUGAUAGCCUGGAGAUGUCAGAUGCAUCCUUACGGUCCCACCUAAGCGAAGUCUUUCCUGGAAGGCGCCGAGAUUAA